CUAUAGAAAUGAAACUUUCAGGUCCAAGACCCUCGUUUGGUUCGGUGUCUGAUUAAUUUUAUUGCAAAACUUCAUUAACUCCUUCAUACUCCCUCCUGGAAUUUCUGCUCUAACACCACCUACCCCCACAGAUCCUGAACCUAGUAGUUCUUUUCUUCCCCCCCCUUUGUUUCUUAUUUUUGCCAUGCAAUUUGGGUGCUGAGGACAAGGGUGGGUUUUUAUUUCACCCUAACACCCCCCCGCCCCUCGUUCCCAGUUGAUAUCCACAUGAGCUCCAUGGACCUCUGCUCACUUGCCACAUUCCUGCUUUAAUCCAUGUUUCCUACAGCCACCCUCUGGCCGCACUUUGCUUCGCCCGCUGCAGCCGGAGUGGCAAAAAUUCGCCUUGUUAAUAACUCAUCCCUCCUAACGCCCUCCCACUCCGCCUCCGCUGUCGCCGCCGGUGUUCGCUUCUGUCCUUGAAUCCUUGCUGGCCUUGGCCUUGGAGGCGGUUUCGUCACUGGGCCAGUGGAAAAAUCGGGUCAGCCCUACGUCGCUUUCGCCUGGCAGGUCCCGGAUGCCAACACCAGGGUCCCGCCCCGUCGCCACUUCCAGGAAAACCCUGGCCAGGCCCCUUUUUGUGCGCACUUCUCCGAGUGCCCUUUAAAAACAACCAUGGCUGCGGGAAAUGCCAUAAGAUACCUCCAGGAGGAAACUACCUGCGCCGUCUGCCUGGACUUCUUCCACGACCCUGUCAUGAUCCUCAGCUGCGGCCACAAUUUUUGCCGCCGUUGUCUCGAUUGUUGCUCGGUGGAUGCCGCCGGCGGUGGUUCCUGCCCGCAGUGCCGGGUCUCUUUCCCGCACGGCGGCUUCCGUCCCAACCGGCAGCUGGCCAACGUGGUGGCUGCCGUCCAGGAGCUGGACACGCCGGCGGCUCAGGAGCUUUGCCGGAGGCACCAACAACCCCUCACUCUUUUUAGUCACCGGGAUGGAAUCCUCGUCUGCGCUGCUUGCGCUGAGCAUCGCGCUGAGCCCGCUGUGCCCCUCGAAGAGGCCGCUCGCUGGUACAGGAAGCAAUUUGAAGAUUCCCUAAAAAGCCUGCAAGAGGAGUAUGAGCGACAUGCCAGUCUCAGUGAGGCAGCGAAGGAGACAAGACAGGAGAUGCUGACUCGAGUCAGUGCUGAGAAGCAGAAGCUGCUGGUGAUGCUGGAAGAGCUCCGGCGGGUUUUGACUGAGCAGGAGUCGCGUUUCCUUGCCCGGUUCCGUCGCCUGUGCUGGAGGCUGGAGGAACAGCAACGUGGUGAAGCUGCCAAGAUAACCUGGAUCCGGCAACACCGCGCUGAGCUCCAGGCCAAGUGCCAGCAACCGGAUGUUGAUCUGCUACGGGAUGCCCAAACCACCCUGAGCAGGUGCACAGAGAGGAAGGUGCAGCCGUCGCUGCUGUUGAUGCCAGAGCUGGAAGCAGAGCUUGAGGAUGUUACCCGGAAAACCAACAUGCUGGCAGAGGCAGUGACACAGUUUAAAGACAUCUUGGGCUGUUCACUGGAGGAAGACUCAGGGGGAUACCGGAGAGCAACUGUGACCCUGGAUCCAGCCACAGCUCACCCCCAAAUCCUGGUGUCAGCAGAUGGCCGGACUGCAGGCCGCCGGGAAUCACCCCCAGCUCCUCUUCCCUCAGGAAAGGAGCGUUUUGAGUCUCUCCGCUGUGUUUUGGGUCGGCAGGGCUUCGUGGGGGGCCGGCACUGCUGGGCUGUGGAGCCCGGAAAAACAGGGAGAACAUGCCUAAAGAUUUUUGAAAAGCUCGCUUUGAGGCUUUGCUUCUGGAUGCCUCGUAAUAAGAAUUUGCAAGUGGAAACAUUUCUGCUUAGGACUUGCAAAGAAUUUAAGGGAAAUGGGCUAAAACCACCUCUCGUGCCUCCUGGGAUCACUAUGGCUCAUGGUUUUGCCACUGCCACAAAGUGAGCAGAGAGAGAGGCCACAGACAGGAUUUUAUCCCCCAUUUUAUCCCCUUGCACUGCCUACAAGUUGAAUAGAAGGGGAAAAAAUAAACAACCUUGUAUCUUGAGGCAGCAGAAAGUUGUUAUUAGGGUUAAACCAUGUGAUAGAGACCUGUUAUCAGCAAGCACAGGCAGGACUGGGCAGGUCUCUGCCUCUUACAGCCUCAGUCGCUCCAUCUUCACUGCCAGACUUGCCUCCCCAUCCACAGACAUUCUUGACAUCAGACUGAGGAAGAGGAGAAACCACAAGGAAAGGCAGCAGGGAAGGCAGCUGCUUUUAUCUUCGGGGCCCUAAUUUUAAAUAACUGCCUUGACAAACCCACAGGUCACUGCUAAACCCAAAUUACAGUCUUGGUCAGUUGUAUAAUUAGUUGUUUCCCUGUUUGGUUCAUGGUGAGGUUGGUUGUGGGUGCUGUCUUCCUUAAAAGACAAGGCCCAGCAAUGUGUAAAUCAAAGUGCUUCUUUGCAGCAUCCUGCUCCAAAAGAUGAGCUUCCAACACUCAAUUUUAUCCACUUUUCAUGUGAAUAGCUUAAUGGAUAUUUAAUUUGAAAGUACAUAAAAAAUAACGAAACAUAAACAACAAAAAAAUCUGCUCUUCUGCAUAGCUCAGCAGGUCCAGAGAUGGCUCUCCAGCAUGGAAGGGGGGGAGAGGGUGGUCAGAAUCAGUCUCUUUUCACCCAAAGGCAGCUCACCAGCAUCCCAACAGCAGUUCCAAUGGCAGAUUCUUGGGCAGGGAAUGUGCACAGCCCUCGCUCCUCGAGCAGAGCCAGCAGAUGCACCUCACAGCCCUCCCACGGAACCACCACUGCAGCUCCCAAAACCCUCCCCAGUGACAGAGACACCUCGUACCAGCCCAUGAAAAGAGACUUAGGGGGUAGCUGAAGGGCUUUUUUUU